AUGCAGAAAACAUCAUCAUCAUCAUCAUCAUCAUCAUCAUCAUCAUCAUCAUCAUCAUCAUCAUCAUCAUCAUCAUCAUCAUCAUCAUCAUCAUCAUCAUCAUCAUCAUCAUCAUCAUCAUCAUCAUCAUCAUCAUCAUCAUCAUCAUCAUCAUCAUCAUCAUCAUCAUCAUCAUCAUCAUCAUCAUCAUCAUCAUCAUCAUCAUCAUCAUCAUCAUCAUCAUCAUCAUCAUCAUCAUCAUCAUCAUCAUCAUCAUCAUCAUCAUCAUCAUCAUCAUCAUCAUCAUCAUCAUCAUCAUCAUCAUCAUCAUCAUCAUCAUCAUCAUCAUCAUCAUCAUCAUCAUCAUCAUCAUCAUCAUCAUCAUCAUCAUCAUCAUCAUCAUCAUCAUCAUCAUCAUCAUCAUCAUCAUCAUCAUCAUCAUCAUCAUCAUCAUCAUCAUCAUCAUCAUCAUCAUCAUCAUCAUCAUCAUCAUCAUCAUCAUCAUCAUCAUCAUCAUCAUCAUCAUCAUCAUCAUCAUCAUCAUCAUCAUCAUCAUCAUCAUCAUCAUCAUCAUCAUCAUCAUCAUCAUCAUCAUCAUCAUCAUCAUCAUCAUCAUCAUCAUCAUCAUCAUCAUCAUCAUCAUCAUCAUCAUCAUCAUCAUCAUCAUCAUCAUCAUCAUCAUCAUCAUCAUCAUCAUCAUCAUCAUCAUCAUCAUCAUCAUCAUCAUCAUCAUCAUCAUCAUCAUCAUCAUCAUCAUCAUCAUCAUCAUCAUCAUCAUCAUCAUCAUCAUCAUCAUCAUCAUCAUCAUCAUCAUCAUCAUCAUCAUCAUCAUCAUCAUCAUCAUCAUCAUCAUCAUCAUCAUCAUCAUCAUCAUCAUCAUCAUCAUCAUCAUCAUCAUCAUCAUCAUCAUCAUCAUCAUCAUCAUCAUCAUCAUCAUCAUCAUCAUCAUCAUCAUCAUCAUCAUCAUCAUUAUCAUCAUCAUCACCAUUCCAAUCAAUACCUGAACUACCUAAUUUCGAAUGA